UCGCAAAAGUUGAAAACGAGGUAAAUGGUAAAGAGGAGCUCCUGUAGCGGCGUUUCUCACUUGGUGGCGUUAAAAAUCAUGGCUCUGUCAUUCACCAGACGCGUGUUAACUGCAUCCAACAUUAGAGUUGCACAAUCAGUAUUGCACUGUAGAAACUAUGCAGAAGCCACUGGAUCAAGCAAUCUCGCAUUUACGUUUGGCACACCAACUAGGUCCUUCUUUAACAAUGAAGAUGUUAGCCAGGUAGAUGUGCCAUCAGGUUCAGGAAAUUUCUGUAUACUUCCUCAGCACGUGCCGAUUAUUGCUGUCUUGAAACCUGGAUUAUUAACAGUCGCAAAAGAUGGAAAUGUUGAGAAGUAUUUUGUCAGUAGUGGUACAAUCACCGUUCAUGCUGAUUCCAGUGCGCAAAUCCUUGCUGAAGAAGCUGCACCGUUAGCGGAGUUCGAUUUAGAUUCAGCGAGGCGAAAUGCUGAGCAAGCACGUACAUCGGUUGCUUCUAGUGCUGACGAAAUGGAGAAAUCAACAGCGCAAAUUCAAUUGGACGCAUACGAAGCUUUAGUACACGCCCUUGAAGGAAAAUAGGAUGCGAUCAAUUAGAGAUGUUACGAAUUGUGUAUAUUAUAGUUUGAAAUAUAAAAUUCAUUUCAAUA